AUGUCGACAAAGCACGAGAAAGACAAACCGUGGGACACGGAAGACAUUAACAAGUGGGAGAUCCCUGCCUUCAAACGAGAAGACAAUGCCGGGGGGACUUUCGCAGAGGAGUCAACUUUCACGGUUCUCUUCCCAAAAUAUCGUGAGGUCUAUCUGAAGGAAGCAUGGCCCCUCGUCACCCGAGCGCUCGAGAAACAUGGCAUCGCCUGCACUUUGGAUUUGGUGGAGGGAAUGAUGACCGUCAAGACGACUCGAAAGACAUUUGACCCCGCCGCCAUAUUGAAUGCGCGAGACCUCAUCAAGCUGCUUGCGCGAAGCGUGCCCGCCCCUCAGGCGAUCAAGAUCCUCGAAGAUGGCGUGGCAUGCGACAUCAUAAAGAUCCGAAACCUGGUCGGGAACAAGGAGAAGUUUGCAAAGAGGCGCCAGCGAAUAUUGGGUCCCGGCGGAUCCACCUUGAAAGCGCUGGAACUGCUUACAUCGACAUACGUCCUAGUUCAUGGCAACACCGUCAGUGUGAUGGGCCCGUUCAAGUCGCUGAAGGAAGUCCGCAGGGUCGUCGAGGACUGCAUGCACAACAUCCACCCGAUUUAUCUAAUCAAGGAGCUCAUGGUCAAGAGGGAACUGGCCAAGGACCCAGCGCUGGCGAACGAGAAUUGGGACCGGUUCCUGCCAAACUUCAGGAAAAACCUGAGCAAGAGGAGAGUUCCGCACAACGUUGUCGACAAGAGCAAGAAGACGUACACGGCGUUUCCUCCUGCGCCCGAGAAGAGCAAGCUGGAUCUCGAGAUCGAAGAUGGCACGUACUUCAUGGGCAAACAGGCAAAGGAGCGAGCUGCGAAGACUGAACGGGAAGAGAAGGCCAGGCAGAGGAAAGAGGAGAAGAAGCGGGAGCGGGAGCAAGAGUUUAUUCCACCAGAGGAGCCGGGUUCGAAACCAAAGAAGAGGAAGAAGAACAAGGAAGCCUCGGCUUGA